AACAUAUGACUAUUUCCUUCGGUAUCCAAUUCAGAAAAGAGGUAAACUCAUCAGCCACACAACAUCACUCCUUCUCGAGCUGCCUACAUCAGAAAUACUCUGUUGCAUCCCAGCAUAUCACUUGUGAUCUGCAUUUCAAUUCUUGUUUUUCUUCGAAGUCUUUUCUGAAUCGUGAUGGUUGAUAUAUUGUCUUGGUCGUUGAGUUUCCUAGAUACCUGCAACUGUCGUGUGUGUUUUGGGAAUAAGUACUCGCGGGGUGCUGAUUCUGCUGACUGCUGAAGUCGACUCAUGAACUACUCUGUCGUAUGCUUCUGAUCUGCAGGUCGAUCAGCGCCAUUGGCGAUACUGUGGCUGCAGGGACUGACGAAUAAAAGUACUUGUGGUGCUGGUAUCUACGUACAUGAUUGUUUGCCGGAUGAGAGAAUGGUACGACUCUAAAAUCCAGAUAAAAAGAUAAUGAAGAAGGACAACAAAUUAACUUGAACGAGACAUCUUACAUGCAAAAAUUGCCUCUAGUUUCAUAACCUUACUACUAUUGAAUGUUUCAUAACCUUCUUGCAUGCAAAAAUUGCCACUAGCUGACGUUAACUAUCACAGUGAUAUCGUGCAUGCAGAAUAGGCUUGUGCUAACAAAUGUACUCCUGUCAUCCUUGCUAUCAUACGGUACAAUGUCAUUUACUCCCAUUUAACUAGGAAAGAGUAAUUAAAGUAUUGAUUCCCAUUUAAUUCCUGAUCCCAAUUAUAGUGACAAUUGCCUGAUAUGCACUGAUAUUAUGCCUUUUUUUUGUUUCCGUUGGCACUGAAAGAGCAGGAAUCGCCUCCCCCAAAUCCAUUCGAAACCUUGCAAGAGUCAGUGCCCCCCAGAUCGUAGUAUUCACAUCGGCGAGGCAGCCGAUGGACGGCGAGGAGGGUCCACCGCUCAAGCCUCCCGUUGUGGUAGCGCCUUCCGGCGACGGCGAGCAACAGCAAGAUCGGGAGGACGGCUCGCAGCCGCCACCCAUGCUGCCCGACGACGUGCUCGCCAACAUCUUCGGCCGACUCGAGCCGCGCUGGGUCGCCGGGUCCCGCUGCGUAUGCAGGCCCUGGUGCGCCGCCAUCGACACCCGCCGCCUCCUGCGCGCGGAUCUGCUCCCGCUCUCGCUCCGCGGCAUCUUCGUCCACUUCAACAUGCAUAAGUACCCGGCCUUCUUCUCCCGCCCCACCCCGCCCGGCGCCGCCGCGUUCAGCGGCAAGCUCAGCUUCCUGCCCUUCGCCAACCCCGCCGGCUGCGUCUGGCUCCCGGACGAAGGCUACGACAGCCGGGAAAGAUAUUCCAUCAAGGAUCACUGCAAUGGGCUCCUGUUGAUCGACAAGUAUGUGGUGAACCCUGCCACUCGACACUGGGAUGCUCUGCCUGCAGCCCCGCCCGGGCGCGUCCAGUUCAUCAUCCGCAACGAGCACGGCCUUGAUCCCACUCCACUCUAUGAGAUCAUCCAUACCUAUCUGGUCUUCGAUCCCACGGUGUCACCUCACUACCAAGUGCUCCGCGUCUGCGCUUUGAGCAGGAUGGGCUCCAGGGAUGAUCUAAAGAAUAAGGAUUCAGCUGAGUGCCCAUCCUCUUCGUGGACCUUCAACGUCCUCUCGUCAAGGACGGGUUGCUGGGAGGAGACGCGUUUCGUUAGAGAAGGCGACGCUGCAGGGACCUUCGCUGAGGUGCGAGCUCAGCCGCAGUCCGGUGCUGUAUACUGGCGAGGAGCGCUCUACGUGCACUGCGAAUCUCAUUUCCUUCUCAGGAUAUCAUUGUCUAACAAUACGUAUCGCGUAAUCAAACCACCACCGGGUUACGGAGCACACACCCAUCCAGUUCCUCGCCUACAAAGAUCGGAAAAGGGGGUAUACUUCGUGUCGCUUGACCGAAACUGGCUUCGGGUUUGGACCCUUGAGGAGGAAUCGUGCGGUCAAGCAGAGUGGGUGUUGAAGCAUGACACAGACCUUGAGCCCGUGCUAGCAUGCCGCCGUCCUCGACGAGUUUGUGGACCCUGGGUGUUAAAGGGGAUCAACCACAACUCUUUCUGCACUCAUUUUCCUGAAGACGGCAACGAGGAAGAAACUGAAGAGAAGUUUGCGUGGAGCUCUGACAAUGAUGGUGUUCUUGAAGAUGAAGACAUGGUUCAAGAGUGUAGCUUCGAAGAGUGUUACUCCGACAUCGACAGUGAUGGUGUUCCUGGCUAUGAAGACACCGUUCAAGAUUGUAGCUCUGAACAGUGUUACUCCAAUGAUGACAAUGGCGAUGCUCUUAACAAUGAAGACCUGAUUGAAGAGUACAGCUCAGAGGACAUAGAAAAGGAAAAUUUUGAAGAGAAAUUUGAAUUUGAAGAGUGUUACUGGAUUGAAGAUAUAUAUGAGAUUGACAUGCUCGGGCUUCACCCGUACAAAGAGGUCCUCUUCCUCUGUGAAUCAGCCAAGACUGGGCUGGCCUAUCAUCUGAAUAGCUCGAAGAUCGAACGCUUAGGUGAUAUGUACCCAGCAGAUUAUGCCAAUUACGGUGGUUAUGGGUACGACAGGGAUGAAAUGGACAGGGUCAAAUAUGCUUUUCCGUACACACCAUGUUGGAUUGAUGAGUUCCCUGGUAAUAAUUAGUUUAUAAGUCCAUCACCAACAUUAGCAUUUGUUGGUCGCAAACCAUUAGUGGCGCCACAAAAAGAAAUUGGUGGACUGUGAUGUUCAAGUCAUAUUUGAUAUCUGUAAUAAGUAGUGCUUCUCCUACUAUAGUUUUUUUUUCCGAACCAUACUAUACAAAUAUUAUUACUAUUGUGUCUGCUAUGAUUAUUUCUA